GUGACAAGCAGUUUUUGAAAAGCACUGCAAACAUUUCAUUCGUCUUAUAAUCUUAUUUUGCUGGUUUCGUGGAUUUUUUAAGAAUUAUUCCUUAAAUUUAGCGGGAAGGCGGUGACUGAAUAACUUUGACCCGAGAAAUUUUCUGGCGUCCAAUCCCGCAUUGCUAACCGAGUUUUGGGGCAAGUUUUGAGUCGGUUUUCCUCACAGUCAGCACAGGAAACAUCGGGGAAACUUCGGCUGUCAGCUAUGUCAGGGAAUGCAGAUCGGGCACGGAAUUUUCGUCAGAUUAGCCUUACCAAUUACUUCUCGCGCACCCGCCAGGACGAUGCUAGCGCAGCGCAACAACCCGCUCAGAAACGUGCUAGUGGAAACUAUGGCUCAUCAAGAAGUUCAAGAAUCACGGAUCCAUGGGAUAGGCUGGACGAAGCGUUUACAAGGUCUUUGAAAUCCGCUACGGGUGGCGAACAAAGUGACUCCAGUCGCCAGACAGUGAACAGCAUGGACUUGGAUUCCUCGUUUACUGGUAUGCCAUCCACAUCCACUUCUGCCAACAGAAAAAAGAACGAUUGUGCUAGCAUGGAUAUAUCCAAUGACCGAGCGGCUGCUGCAUUACUGAACGACUCCGCCGAGAUGGAUUUGGAUGAAUCGGAGGAUUUUAUAGAACUUGCGAAUGAUGGUGAACAGAAUGCUCCAUCUUGGUCGGGGGUUUCUUUGGAUCAGAUUGUGCGCAAUGGCUCCGGUUCUUAUGCAUUGCCUCUCCUGGCUACCUCGCCGAAUCACACUGUGCUGGUGGCUCUUCCCUUGGUUACAGAUGGUCUCCCUGCCCCUCCUCCGGGAUCUUUUGUUGAUGCGUGGGAUGAUGUGCAUGUGCGCAUGCCGUGUUCUAGUCAUUUACGCCGUCCCAAAUCGGCACUUUAUCCGCAGCAAGGAUUUAUAACACGGUGGGAACUAAUUAGAAAUGCCAUCAUUCGAAAUUUCGGCUCGGUUAAGGACUUCGCCGCCGCGGUGGGAGAGUACCAUCCUCGUGGGUUUGGUAUGAACAGAGUUGGUAAUUUGACGGUGAUGUUGGAGAAGGACAUGACACAAGCUGAAGCCGAAUUUUUCUUGAAGACAAUACUUCCUUAUGCUGCCAAUCUAGUUAUAGAACUUCCGUUUGCCUGUCCACAGCCCAUUCCCCUGUUAAAAAGUGGCAUGAAUCAUACGAUUACGCUAAGCCAACACCAGAUUGCCCAUCUUUUGGCUAGCAUGUUUUUCUGUACUUUUCACGUGGAGUCGGAUCGCGAUACUGAACGGGUCAGUGGAUAUCCUGGAGCAUGUUUCGAAGGACUGUUCGCACUACCAACUUCCUCAAUGGCGAAAAGAGCAUCCAGUAUUCGAGAAAAGCUGAAAUGUUUACUGACGUACUUUCAUAAAACAAAACAAGAGAGGCCAAAUGGUUUAGUCAGUUUUACCAGGCGCUGUGUGGAAGUUUUGCCUAAGUGGGAAGAUUCAUCCAAUGCGCUCCCUCGCGUGUAUAUAUCUCAUAAAGGGAAGAUUGAGGACGAAGGCGCUGGAUGUUUACAGGUCGAUUUUGCCAACAAAAUGGUGGGUGGCGGCGUUCUUCACCGGGGAUGUGUCCAAGAAGAGAUACGAUUUGUUGUUUAUCCUGAAUUAAUUGCCAGCCGCCUAUUCACGGAAUGCCUAAAACCGAAUGAGUGCCUUAUUGUUACUGGAGUGGAAAGGUUUAGCGGUUAUUCUGGAUAUGGUGAUACUUUCAAAUGGACCGGUCCCUACAUGGAUGCUGCUGUUCGUGACGAGUGGAGACGAAGACAGACACAGGUUGUAGCAAUUGAUGCUUUGCGAUUCGGAAAAACUGAGGAGCAGUUCAAGCCAGAAUUCAUUAGACGAGAACUGAACAAAGCUUACGUAGGAUUUGCCAGAAAUUUAUCGGAUGAGAAAGUUCUUGGGCCUGUAACGGCUGUAGCAACCGGCAAUUGGGGAUGUGGAGUUUUUGGAGGAGAUAAGCAUUUGAAGUUUAUUAUCCAGAUGUUGGCAAGUGCGGAAGCUGGAAGAGAUAUGCUCUAUUUUACGUUCGGCGAUGCUAAACUACAGGAAGAUCUGUUUGCCAUGUAUAACCACCUGGUUGGAUUGAAUGCUACUGUCGGGGAUGUGUUUAAUGUGAUAUGUAUGUAUUACGGCGACGUGACAAGGAAACAGAAUACGAAAGGAGAAAGGAAAAGUGACUCGAUAUCCUUAUUUUCUUAUUUAUACAACUGCUUAAGUGGUCCGUAAUUUACUUAUUCGUGUUUUAAUUUGUUUUCAUCCGAAAAAUCUUUUGGAUUUUUAUGGUUUUCACUGAACUGUGAUAGUAAAUCUUAGUAAUUGUUAAUUAAUUCUUAUAAUUACAAAAAUAACCAUGCAUUAUCGUUUGUCAUCCGAAGGCUAAAAAAGCAGGAAAAAUCACUGGAAAAGUACCGUAGAUCAAUUAUCAGUGUAAUCUCAAAUUAAUGACGCAAAUCCACCUUAUCGGGCAUUUCACCCAAAGGGUAAAACGCAUGCUCGAUCUUUGAUUUAUCCACUUUAACCAGUCGCAAUCCCGAUGGAUUCUUUCCUCGUACAAGCUGCCCAUCAGAAUUCAACUCCAAA